UGUCGAUCACGCCUCUUCCACUCCGACACCCAGCAGCUCGCUCGACGGUAUAGCUGAUGAACAUUAGGUUGGCCGAGCCGAAGGACUUGCUGGGUAUUCAAGCAUGCGGAUUUCACAACCUGCCAGAGACAUAUGGGUCCAAGUACUGGCUCACGACCCUCGUUAGGUGGCCUCAGCUCUCGUUCGUCGCGGAGGACCAGAGGGGGAAGAUAGUAGGAUACGUGUUCACCAUCAUAGAGGACCUGCCCAUCAUAUACGAACCGUCGACUCAGCUUGGGAAGCUCUUCGAUAGAUGGCACGUCCGGCCGCGACGACCGACGAACUACAAGCGGAUAGGGUAUGUUAACUCCAUUAGCGUGCUUCGGAGUCAUAGGCGGAUGGGUAUCGCGCGGAAGCUCAUGGGCCUUUCGAUCAAAGCAGUUGUGGAGUCGUAUGGCCUUAGAGAAGUCUACCUAACAGUUCGGAAAUCAAACAGAGCAGCACGAUCGCUAUAUCAGAGUCUAGGUUUUGUCGCCUAUGACGAAGAGCUCAGAUACUACAACGAUGGUGAAACUGGUAUUCACAUGAAGGUUACACGGAAAGUGCCUCCAGAAAGACGGAGUACCCUGCCUUUGCCAGAACCUACGCCACGUAAAUCAUGGCAGAGCAAAAUGAUACCUAACUUUCAUUGGAAGACACGUAUAGGACCGCCCAAGCCUGGCCUUAUAAAGAGAAGGGCCACAACAAUACACCAGGCUGAGUGGAUGGGGGGCACGGUGAAGAUUGGUCCUCUUUCUUGACAUCGCAUCACGCAGAUUGGCUACGUUUCGGG